AUGCUUGUUGACGAGCCGGACCCAACAAGCGCUCGCAUGGCAGACCAGGAAGGGAACAUGCAGGACGAUCUCAUGGAAGCAAGUAUCAUCAUGCGGCAUGAAAGUUUCUUGCUCGACGGAACAGAACCUACCAAUACACUCGUAGACGACUCCGCAAGCAUCGUAGCCGUUUGUCUCAGAUCAAGCAUGGGAGCCAAGAAAGCCAUCCAGCUUUACAAGUCAUGA